AAACAGCCCGAGAACAAGAAAAAUACUUUCCAGGCAAGGGGUAGUGAAAACUCCAGAAGAAGAAAAAGAAAGUAACACGUUGAAAGCCCUCGCGUCGGACAUCUCUGAAGGUUUGAAACACGUCAAACGUUCGGGAUCGAACGAAAAACGCGCUGCCUACAAAGCACUUAAAUCACUUGCCUUUGGAGAUAAUAUAAAAAAGUCGAGAGCAAAAAAGUCCCUAGGAAAGUUAGUCGGCCUUAACGAAAAGAGCAUCAGUAAAGCCAUCAAAACAAGGGAGGAGAUUUUAAAGGGAGAAGGAGAAAGUUGGCUUUAUGUAAAAAGAAAAACACGACGAGAUGCGCUCCCAGAAGAAGACGUUGAAAAAAUUUACUGCUUCUGGGCCAGUUCGGCUAGUCGUCCUACAGGAGACAAAAGUGACUUUGUGAAAAACAGAGUUGGCAAAAAACAGUAUUUAACCCACCCCAAGCAUGUUCUCGAAACGAGCUAAACGGAGGCUUUCCAGGAAUUUGCGAAGCUUCACCCUGAAGUAAAAGUAGCGCAACGCAAAUUCGAGAUGUUAAAACCUUACUUUGUAAAACAAGCAAGAGAAAGGGACAGAAAAUCUUGCCUUUGCAGAAAACAUGUCGAAACGAAAAUUCUUUUCGACGCAUGUAUGAAGUUUCGAAAGGGUGUGGUCAAGACGACGGGAAACGAGAGCGAAGAGUCGCCCAUUUUCAAAACGUUGACAGAAGCGGCUGAUGCAACCUUAUGCUCAAAGGAAGAUGGGAUAGAGCACCAUAAAAUCAAGUGCUUGGAGCGAGAUUGCAACAGAUGCUCUGUGGAGAAAAUAAAACUACUUCCAGAGGAGUCUAGCAAUGAAGGAAGUGUUUGUUGGUCUAGGUACGAGUACCUACCCACUGGAAAAUUCCUUGCCAAUGGUCAAGAGAAAAAGAAGAUAGCCUUGGUCCCCAAAGAAACACCACCCUCAGAAAUGUUUAAAUAUUUCAAAAAGCUUUUGGAAGCCUAUCCCCUGCAUUCAUUCAUGGCUAAAUGGCAACGUGAGCAACUUGAUAAUCUUUUGGAACACUUGCCACUUGGCCAUGUCGUGUGCAUUCACGACUAUUCUGAGGGGUAUGCGUGUCGCCAGCAAGAUGAGAUCCAAUCAGAGUUCUUUGACGUAGCCAAGGCUUCUCUACAUGUUACCAUCUUACAUCGCCAUGCUGUUGAAAGUAAAGACGGGAUCACAAGCACAGAGGCUGAGCCACACUUGAUCAAAGAGCACUUGUUUGUGGUUUCCGAUGAUCCGACGCAAGACCAUGACAGUGUGCACAAAGCCCAAGAGCUUAUUCAUGAUUACCUGGUCAACGAUGUGGGCUAUAGCAUUGAGCUCUUGCAUGAAUUUACAGAUGGGUGCGCAGCACAAUAUAAGUCACGACACUGCAUUGGAGAUUUGUCAUGUUCUCUGGCAGAUUUUGGAUAUCCCAUCCAAAGAAGCUUUUUCGAAACCUCCCAUGCUAAAGGAGAGCAAGAUGCUGCUGGCUCUCAUGUAAAGCAGAAAACCAGCCAAGCCGUCCUACGCAGAAAAGCUAAAAUCAAUUCUGCAAAGGACAUGUAUGCUUAUCUGGUUGCAAACUUUACAGAGCCAGCAGCAACUAGCUAUGCUGCUCGUAGAACGGCUACCCAGCUGACGCGCCGUGUUUUCUUUUAUGUUCCGGCAAAAGGAGAGGGUGCAGUCUCCAGGAACCGUGAUGGGCGAAAGUUCAAGGAAGCAAAGGGCAUAAGAAAAUGGCACUGUGUCAAGACACUUCCCCAGCAAGAGAAGGUCCUAGUACGGCAUCGGACAUGCUACUGUGUGAGCUGCAUUGUGAAAGAUGAAGAUUCAUGUACCAAUAAGGCAUGGCUUGAUGAGUGGAAAGAAGUGACUAUCCCUAGAGAUGGUUCAGUUGCUAUCACUCGUCAAGCCACAGAGCAGCCUGCUCUUGAACAUGAUACAGCAUCACACAUGGCAGAUCUGGCUGCGUGCGGCAGCACUGUUGCCAUUGAGGCUGAAGGUGAUAGAAUGUACGAUUUCUAUCUCCUCAAAGUCACGUCAGCAGGUGUUGAGGAGCUAGAACAUGACUACACUGAUGAUUACCACAACACUGCACUGAGAGGAGAGUCUGUCUUGAAAGGGCAUUUUUAUCUCCGUGAUAAUAUUCAUGACAUGACUUUCACCUUAAACGAAAAACGGAUUGCAGUUGUUUAUGCGGCCACUGUCCGCCAUAUUUGUGGUGACCUCCCCACUAAGAAAAGAGGCAAGAAACUUAUUUACAAGCUUCCAUUGAAGGAAAAUGAAGCCAUCCUUGCCAUUCUUUGAGAAAAGUGACAUUUUAAAGUAUUUAGUGUUACUUAUACUGUAUUCUGUGUGACAUUGUAGUGGGAGCCACACCCGCAAAGCAUUGUGGGUAAAACACAAAAAAUCGCAAAAAUCAUGAAGUAAUGUAAAAUAUGAAAUAAUUUCAACUGUUUGUCAAAACAUACUUCAUAAUUAGCCUGUAGAACCUUUGAAUAAGGAAAUUAAAGCAUUUUGGUUUUUUAA